CAAAUCGAUCUUCCGGUUCUCAAGAAGUGGCGAGAGCGGUGCAAGGAAGAGCAUGGAUACCACUGCAAGCCAUUGCUACCAAGCCCUUACGAACCGAAGCACAGACCCGACGAGGGAUCACUACCAUUCAGGGUCAUCGACGUGGUCGACGAUCGAGUUAUACCUGCUCCAAGGAAUUGGCAAUACGUGGCCCUGAGCUAUGUCUGGGGCGGUGCCGUCCCUUUCAGACUCAAAAGAGCUGACAUAUCUUAUACGCAAGCCAAUUGCCCGUCAUUUGAAAGCUCUUAUGCUUCACUGCAUCGAAAAAAGCUACCUCGAACUAUCCAGGACGCCAUGUUCGUCGUGGAACUGCUUGAAGAGAGAUACCUGUGGAUUGAUUGCCUCUGUAUCGUACAAGACGAUGCCGAAGAGCUGAAGGCAAAUAUUCAUUCGAUGGACCGGAUAUUCUCUGCUGCGCAAUUGACAAUAGUUGGGGCAAGUGGCCAUGAUGCGAAUGCUGGCCUUCCAGGACUAUAUCCUAAGACAAGAUAUGUUCAGCCCAUCACAGGCUCAGUCGACGGUAUUGGAAUUGCGCAAAUCGAACCGACUUUGAGACUCGAGCAUAGUGUGUGGGGUUUCCGUGGUUGGACU